GCGACGUUCUCUUCCAUCUCGGCCGUUUCAUAUUCUUCCGAUAUCCUCUCUGUUGUAUACCAACUGUAUCCAUGAGCAGACUCAACGCAAACGCCUUCUCUUUCGUCCCCGGCCAGGGCUUCCUGCCUCCUCGGCAACCCUCCCAGCCUGAGCAACCCCCUCUGCAGCCGAUAGAACGUCCCGCUCAGACAGAGGCUCCUCCGCCUCCACCUACUAUCACUCUCAGCAUUGGUGGCUCCAAGCCCGCACCGAAACCUUCGUCGCGCCCUCCAUCACCACCGCCUACCCUCACCAUCGGAUCCAAGCCUGCCCCCGCCCCCGCACCAGCUGCCGCAAAGCCUGCCGUACCGACUGCUUCUGCCAAACCAUCUGCGUCUCCUGCCCCCGCUUCAACACCCGCCAAGUCCUUCACUCUCGAACGCGCAAAGACAGAUACCGCUGUCAUUGCCCAGGAAGUCAAGAACGCUGCGGAUGAGGAAACUCUCAAGGAUCUGUUUGGACACAUCAAGGAGCACCUGAACAUCGUCUUCAUCGGGCAUGUCGAUGCCGGCAAGAGCACUAUGGGUGGAAACAUCCUCUAUCUCUCAGGAAUGGUCGACAAGCGUACCAUGGAGAAAUACGAGCGCGAGGCCAAGGAAGCAGGUCGGGACUCCUGGUAUCUCUCUUGGGCCCUUGACUCUACGCCUCAGGAGCGCGCCAAGGGCAAGACCGUCGAGGUCGGACGCGCCUACUUCGAGACCGACUCGCGGCGGUACACCAUCCUAGACGCUCCCGGCCACAAAACGUUCGUUCCCUCCAUGAUUUCCGGCGCCGCACAGGCAGAUAUCGCUAUCCUGGUCAUCUCCGCCCGCAAGGGCGAGUUCGAGACCGGAUUCGAGAAAGGAGGGCAGACCCGCGAGCACAUCAUGUUGGUGAAGACAGCCGGUGUAUCCAAGGUCAUCGUGGUCAUCAACAAGAUGGACGAGCCCACUGUGCAAUGGUCCAAGGUCCGGUACGACGAGAUCAAGGACAAGCUUACACCGUUCAUCAAGGCGGCCGGUUUCAAUAUCAAGACGGACGUUACCUUCAUCCCUGUAUCCGCAUACACCGGCGCAAACUUGAAGGACAGGGUAGCCAAAGGCGUGGCCGAUUGGUGGGAUGGCCCAGCUCUGCUCGAGCAUCUCGACACGAUGCCCAUGGUUGACCGCAAGCUCAACGCGCCGCUCAUGAUGCCGGUCUCCGAGAAAUACAAGGACAUGGGCACCAUCAUCGUCGGUAAAAUCGAGUCAGGCCAUAUCCGUAAGGGCGACUCUUUGUUGCUCAUGCCGAACAAGAACAUCGUCGAAGUCGCUGCGAUUCACAACGAGAUGGAAGACGAGAUCACGUCCGCGAUGUGCGGCGACAACGUCCGCAUCCGUGUGCGCGGGGUCGACGACGAGGACAUCAGCCCAGGAUUCGUGCUCACGAGCCCGACCAACCCCAUCCAUGCGGUCCGCCAGUUCGAGGCGCAACUGGCGAUUCUUGACCACAAAAGCAUCAUCUGCGCUGGCUACUCGGCCGUCAUGCACUGCCACACGCUCGCAGAGGAAGUCACCCUCGCCGCGCUCCUACACUACUUCGACAAGGCGACCGGCCGCAAGUCGAAGAAGCCCCCACAGUUCGCGAAGAGGGGCCAGAAGAUCGUCGCGCUGAUCGAGACGACUGAACCGGUGUGCGUCGAGCGAUUCGUCGACUACCCGCAGCUCGGUCGUUUCACGCUUCGAGACGAAGGGAAGACGGUCGCCAUCGGCAAGAUCACGAAGCUUGUCGAUGUAGGCACGAUCGAUGAGGCCGCAGAGGGCGUCGCGAACCUCUCCGUCUCGCAUGCUUGAAGAGGACACUUGCAGCUAGAAACCAACCUGUAACACUAACGCGCAAUCUUCGCAUGCCGUCACGACAACUAUGUAGCAUUCCACUAUCCGAUACAUCAAGAACACAAGCGAUCAUAUUACCAAAAC